AUGGAGGCCAGGGACGUCCCCAUCACCAUCCCUGCACUGGCCACGGAGCUGCGGUUUGCCCAGCGCCUCAGGGAGCAUUUGGAAGAGGAGCAGCUCCUGGAUGGGCGCUACCGGCUGCAGGAGGUGCCGGGGGGAUGUGUGGCCCUGCCGAAGCUGUCCCAGCUAUGGCUGCCCCAGGAGGUGCCCUGUGGGCUGGUCCAGAUUCAGGAUCCCAUUCCCUCCAGGGCAGCCCGCCGACGGACACCUGUCCAGAAGCUGCGGGACAAGCUGCAACAACUGCUGGGUGAGAGCUGGUCGGAGGAGCUCGAGCGUGAUGUGCCCCGUGCAUGGCAGCGGCAUGGGGACUUGGUCCUGCUGAGCGAGGACAGCUUCAGAGCUGCACCAUGGGAGAAGCUGGGUCCAGCCCUCUGGGAGACAGUUGCCUCAGCUUUGGGUGCCCGGCGACUGGCCAAACGAGGACGGGUAUUGCCAGAUGGAAUGCGGUCCCCCAGUGUCACCCUGCUGCUGGGCCAGGAUGGCUGGGUGGAGCACGUGGACAACGGGAUCAGGUACACGUUCGAUGUGACCAAGUGCAUGUUCUCACCGGGCAACAUCACGGAGAAGCUGCGGGUAGCCUCACUGCCCUGCUCCGGGGAGGUCCUGGUGGAUCUUUAUGCAGCGCCCCCCUCCGCCCAUGCCUGCGAGUGGAACAGCCAUGCCGUGGAGGCCCUGCGGAGGAACCUGGCGCUGAACGGCGUGCAGGACCGCUGCCGCGUUCACCAUGGGGACAGCCGGCAGCUGGAGCUGUGGGACGUUGCAGACCGGGUGAACCUGGGGCUGAUUCCCAGCUCGGAGGAAGGCUGGCCGGUGGCCUGCCGCGUCCUGAAGAAGGGCACGGGUGGGGUUCUCCACAUCCACCACAACGUGGAGACUCUCCCCGCACCAGCCCCGCCGCAGACCCCAGUCCUGCAGGCUGAGCGGGGGUCUCCAGAGGGAGCUGGCUCUGAUGGAGAGGCACAGCACUCAACGAAGGACAGUGGGAAGGAGACGCUGGGGGCCAGGAUGAGACCUGAGUGGCAGAGGUGGGCUGAAGCCACAGCGGGACAGAUCCGGGGGCUGCUGGCAGAGCUGCAUGGGCAGCCAUGGCGCACCAGCAUCCUGCACGUCGAGGCAGUGAAGUCCUAUGCGCCCCACGUGCAUCACCUCGUGCUGGACCUCGAGUGCCGGCCGGUGCUGCCCACCUAG